UUGGAAGACAGACAGAGAAGGAGAGAGAGAGAGACGCUGACGGAAGGAUUGCAGAAAGACACAGAGCAGCUGAAGAUGUCAAGCACAGUGCUGAAGGCUGAUGAUAAAGUGAAGGAUAUCCUCACAAAGGUGAGGCCUGCAGUGGAGAAGAAAUGCAGUCAGAAAGCGACUAGCUUUGAGCCGAUAGAGUAUCGUGUGUCGGAGGUGAUUGGCACCAUGUAUCUGGUCAAGGUCGAUACUGGAUUCACCCACAAUUAUCUCCACGUUGAAAUCUACGACUCGCCUUGUGGUGGUCCGUUUCUGGUCGCGCAGGCGGAAAACAACAUGAGGAACGAUCACCUGGUUCCCCUCGUCUGGAGGGAGUGAGGACACCGCACUCGCACCGACCUCGCUCUGCUUCUAACCGCCACGGAUCGCCCACCAGCGGCAACCCCUCCACCACCGCCCCCUUCUCCCACAUCCCGGCCACACCGCUCGACCGUGCUGUCGGCCGGUAACACCGGGGAAUACCAGGACCCCACUCCCGCCAGGUGGUUCAAUAUCAGCUCACUUGGAUCUUCCUGUGCUCCGGCCGAAAGCCCACUCCCCGACCGACCCCCCAUCGGAGGGCUGAGGGGUAGAUUACACAUCAGUGGCCCCUCCAAGCAUCCACUCCCCUCUCCCUGAUCACCCCCACCCAAAGGUCAAUGGGGUCCCAGUGGUCCCGAUACCUCGCCCCCACCCGCAUUCUUUCAGCUCGCCGGAGCCCCGAGCGCGGUGGAUGUUCGACUGCAGACAUUUCGCAUAAAUAAAAUUGCAUUGAUUCAA